CGUUUGUGUGUUUGACCUUAAUGCAAAUGAGCACAUUCACAUUCUUUUCCGUCUAAAACCUUAGCUUAGAACCUGCGACGGUCACUAUGGCCGCUGACGUGCAACGUCGAGGCCAUGAGAUACAUAUGGAUGGACUAUCGGUAAAGGCAGGCGCGGCGCACCUAUCGCAAUCUGAUGCGGCCGCUAAUAACGUGAAGUCUAACGCGCACGCGGCGGUGUUGCGGUCCAGUUACACGCAUUACAAUGGGAUCCUGGGGGCGGAUGAGGAACCCACGCCAGUUCAGCUGCCCUUCCGGGCUCAUACUCUCGAAAGUUACGGACCUAAGCUCGUACAAGGCGAUUACACCUUUCACACGGCGCGGCGAAACCUCCAGGUUUCCUCCCUCAUGGUAGGCACCAGCCUCAUGCAGGUCCCCGUCGCACCCCCCAACGCCCAACGCGGCUCCAUACCCGCCAUGCUCCUCACGCACGCCAGCAUGGCAAACAUGGCAGCCUGGAAAGCGUACGGCAGCCCCUCGGCGCGAGGCGUGGCGCGGCCGCCGCCAACGCCAGCGCCCGGACAUGCCAACACCAAUCCGCACAUGUUCUCCCAAAUGUCUAGCAAACUCCCCCGGGUUCAAGCCCUCGGCGGCGGCUUCCGCCUGCAGCGGCCGCACAGCGCCCCCAGCGGCCCCUCGGACUGCGAUACCCACCCAGCCUACGAGCAGCACCACACCCGCACCGCCCGCCGGCCCUCCCCCUCGCGGACGCCUACCCCGCCCGGGCCCAUUGCGUCAACCUCACCCGUGCGACGUCACUACAGCGCCUCAGGAGGAGGAGCAGCCGCGGCAGCAGCUGCUGCUGCUGCUGCCGCAGCAGCUGGCGGCAACUUGGGUCCGCUGCAUGUGGAGAUUCCGGAUCCGAUAAACGCAGGGAAGACGGAUUCUGGAAAGGUCAUGUUUGAGCACACGUUGCCCACGGACCCGUACGGCAAGGUGCUCUGGGAGGAGCAGGCGCGCAAGGCACGGGCUAACAUGAGCCGCCACAGCGCAGCCAUGUCGGCAGCGGCGGCGGUGCACAGCGGUCUGGGGCAUGGGAACGCGGGGGGGCUCACUCGGCCGGUUUCGGGGCGGAGAAGCAGCGUAGCGGCGCCGCUGUCACCCACAGGGCUAGCUGCGUUGGCUGCGGGACCCGCCAUGCGCCCCAAGUUUAACUCCACUUGCAUGGCGGAGGUUCACCGGCAGGGGUCAGAACACCGGCCGCCGACGGUGGUGGGGUUUGCGGCGCCGGACCCGACUGACGACGCCACUCUGCCAGGCCCCGGCGACCCCCGCUGGGCUUACACCCGACUGGGCCGCAGCCAGAUAGUGCGGCUGCAGCAGUCUCUCAAGAUGCGGGAUUACCCGCUCGGCAGGCCCUCGUCCGCACCCACUCCGGUGCUGUCGGGCGCGGGCGCCACCUCCGCCGGUCAGCCGCACGCCACGGGGGUCGCGGCGGUGGUGGCGGCGGCUCGCGGCAGCCGCAGCGGCAGCGGCACUGGCACCGGCACGGGAAGCGCCGGCCGCCGUUCUGUUAGCCCGGAACGCAGCUGGCCGCGAGGGGAAGAGGAGGGCGCGGCGGCGUUGCCACCGUCGCUGGCUCGGUUGGAGGAGACGGUCAGGAAUAGCAUGAAGAGGAUGGACGCGGCCACUGUAAGCGGCGGCGGCGCCUUGCCAUCUCAGCAGCUCGCGGAUGCAACUAACACGACAGCUGCGGCGUCGGCGGCGGUGCCGCCGCUGGCGCCGCGGCGUAGCUUAUCCAUGCUCGGGCAAAGCGCAAGCGUCGUGUCUGCUGGCGGCGGCAGCGGCAGCGGCAAGGGGACGCCGCGGCGGCCUAGUUCCGCGAGUCGUGGCGGCGGCACGCAGACGGGUUACGGGCCGGCGGACACCCCACCGGCGGGCGUGCCUCCGGUCAGUGUGCGGGGCUCCUCUGCGGGUCGCAGCCGAGAGUCGGCGCCGAACCCGCGGGUGGACCUUCGGGCUUACCUGGCGGAGGAACACGACGCACCAUCAGACGACGAGGGUACGGAAAUGCUGCCUGUCGGCGACGUCCUUGCCGACGCGCUACACGCCGUCGGCGGCGCGGGAUUUUUGUACGACUUGGCCGCCGCCGGCGACGCCGCUGCCGCCGCCGCCGCCAGUGGUGUCAGCGCCGUACAAGGCGGCGGUGACGCCUCCGGCGUGCCGCCGGACCAGCUGGCGGCAAGGCUGGCGGAGGUUGUGGCGGCGGUGGCGGUUGUGGCAGCGCAGCAGCAGAUCGUGGGCGAGGAGGUGGUGGCGGCGGCGGCGCAGCAGGAGGGUGCACUGGUAGGAUCCGGCCCUGGGUCGGCUCGUCGGAGCCGCGGAAGCGGCGGCGAGGACGGGGACGACGCGUUGCUGGCGUUACACGGCGCCUCGACCUUUGGUCGGUUAACGCCCCGUUCGGCUGGCGAGGCCCUUGUUGAGGAGGUGGAGGAGGAUGAGGGGGAAGACGACCCGCAGCAGCAGCAGCUGGAGUCGGCAGGUUCUGGGCAGUACGGGAUGGGGUUGGGGCUGGGGUUGGGGUUGGGGCUGUCGUCGCGCCCGGGAGGAGGGGGACGAGGGCGGCCUACAUCGGCUCGGCCCACGAGCGCACGGCCGGUGUCUGCGAUGCCUUCUCGAGGACGCAGCAACGGCGGGAACAGCGGUGGUGGCAGCAGCAGCGGCGGUCGGUUGGUUGGCGGGGGUGUUGGAGAGGGGUUGGGGAAUGAGGCCGGCAUGCACAUCAUUCAUGAACACUCGGAGGGUACGGGGGGUGAGGAAUGAGGGCUUUGUGGCCGGGGGAAGUGCUGUGGUGGGCUAUGUGCAUGUUGCAUGCAUGCAGGCGGGAAAGAUGCGGUGCGUGGGGUGUCCUUGCGUGCCGGCUGCCUCGCAUGCUGUUGUUGAUGGGGGUGGAGGUUGUUGGGGGGCUAACAUCGCGGGGCGGAUGCAACUUGAUGGUGCAGAGCUCAUGCAGGGCUGAUACGUAAGGAGUUAAACGCGCAGAGUUUUGCUGUGGAUUUGUAGCACGUGGUAUAGUUAGAUUGUAUAGGAUAGAGCGGUUCCCCUGGUGGUUGCGUUAUGAUGGCCAAGCCGUGGAGGUACUUGGGACUUUGCAUGUUGUGGGUGUCGUCUUCUGCUAGACAGAGCUGUGUGAAAAUGUGUGAUGUAUGGCCACUGGCACUGUUGGCUUGCUUAUUCGCUGAUCCUUCUUCACUCCUGAUGACUGUGUUGUCUUCCGCACCUGUGCGGGCUUUCGGGGUAACGCAGGCUGCCGUAUGCCAGCUAGCGACACAGCUGGAGCGACCACGCACAAAAGCAUGCAGAGUGAAUGGCUCAUGCGCAUCGUAUCCGUGAGUUCUUUUAGCGUGUUCCAUGUUCCAUCAUGUCUGUCUGUGAUUAAUGGCUGCAAUGGCUUCAAGCAACGGAUGCGGCGCAGUCAAAUGCUCCCAAGUCCUGAUGCCACUGUCAAUAACACUGUGACCAACUGACGAGAGCCUAGCCGCGCGUUAUUGCUCGGAGACGAGCAAGCGAUGAGGGCCGCCGCGUUACAUUCGACUCCAUCUAACAUCUGCCAUACCGCGAAUAGCGGAUGGGGGCCUGCUGGGGAGGGCGGGCCCCAGCUGAGCUGCUAUCUGUUGUCAACUUGUCGUGCCUACGGUACGUUAUCUUGCGACGUCUGUUUAGUGUGUCGUUGCAGGGGCUGCUGCACACGAGUUGCGGGUGCAGAGUUUGGUGGUAGAGUUAGUUUACUGUAGGAGGUGUGGCUUAGGUUUGGAAAGGGGUCGCUUAGCAUGGGGUGUUGUACAGUGGUUGUCAUGCCGUUCGCCUGCAAAACAUGGACGUACGCCUUACCACGCACGCAUCACAACUGCUGUUGGAAUGUUGCCAUAUGACAACCGGUAUGUUGUAUACUAGCCCAUACUACUGCUGAUUACAUAAUGAUGGACGGAUUUGGUACUCACGUCUGGACGUGUAUGUGGACGUGGCUGUUGUGUGCAUGGACAACCGGGUGCCAGGUGUUGCUGCAGCAGCAUCCGUAUAUGGCGCAUGGGUACUUGUUUUUCUGUGUAGUAUGCGAAUAUUACCUUUGUACGUCGCUGAGUAUUUCGCAGUCGCCGUGGGAUGCGUAAGCCGCGUUGCUGCUGCGUGCGUACGUACAGCUUCACUAAGGCCGAAUGGCGCUUUAGGUAAGCCGUAAGCGCAUUCUUGCGUUGCCUCUUAUGAUAUUUGUUUAUUCUCACGGCAUACCUAAUACAAUAAAAAGCUUUGGUCACUAGCUUACUGCUUGCAAACAGAUGCUUCCAUGUCUGAAGCGGGGCGAGCUGUUGGCAAAAGUUCACAGCAAUGGGCUUCGCUCAUUCGCCACUUAAACCAGUUGCAUAUUGACUACAUUUGACACAAAGUGCAAUUCAAACUGCCCAAGCUGGCCUACAAGCACGCUCUGCCAUACAUAUAUAGUAGAGCCCGUCUACUGCGCCACGUUCGCACAAGUUACUAAAAGGGGCGUCCGCAACCGGCUGCAAAGCUUCGGCAUUAAUUGAGCCAAAAUGAAGCUGCCGUGGCGACAAGUUCUGAGUCUGAGUUUCGCCAACUUCGGACAGGCAGUGAUGCUCACAAUGCCCUUCACCAUCGGCGUCUUCAUGGUUCGCGACUUUCAGGCCGCAAAGUACGGCGGUGACGAGGCCCGAGUGGACGAGCAGGUGGUGGGACGGCUAACCGGGCUCCUGGCAGGUGUGUUUUCCUUCGCUGGCUUCCUGACGGCAUACGCCUGGGGCUGCGCCUCCAACUACCUCGGACGCAAGCCCGUCAUCAUCAUCGGUAAUGCCGUGUCGUACAUCAGCUUGCUCUGGUUCGGCGUCGCGGCCAACUACGGCACCGCGCUGGCUGCUCGCGCAUUGGGCGGAUUGCUGAAUGGCAUCUUAGGCGCUUGGAAGUGUGCGAUCGGGGAGUCCACGCCCGCUGAACUGCAUGGGGCGUUCUUCGGUUACAUGAGCCUUGCAUGGGGUCUGGGCUGCAUCGCAGGGCCGGCGGUGGGGGGCGCUGCGGCGAGGCCUUGUGAGCGGCUGCUGGGCGGGCGGCUGCCUGGAUGUGGAGAGGGGCAGCUGCUGAGGGAGAGGCCCUACUUCCUGCCCUGCCUGCUGGGCAGCUCCGCCGUACUCACCGCGCUGCUGCUCUCGAUCUUCAUGCUGGAGGAAACACUGCCGUACGAGUUGCGGCAACACAGCUUGGGGACACGGCUGGGCCGCUGGUGGCAGCGGCGGCGGCGGCGGCAGAGACAUCAAUUGCACGGUAGCGGCGACGUCGACGGCGGAGCCGCUGUUAUGGAUAUUAAUGGCUGCGGUGGUAGCGGCGGUGGCGUCGGAGGGUGUGUGGGGUGCUGUGGAGAAGGGUGCAAGAGUGGGGGUGAGUUGGAGCUCAAGCGGCUGCUCAGCCCUGCUGGGGAAGGAGGUGGUGGUGGUGAAGGUGGUGCUGCAGAUUGGAGGUGUGCAGAAGAGGAGAGUGGAGUCGACGGAGUGCAUUCGGAGCGGACUCGCCUAUUGUCUUGUUACAACAAUAGCAGUAGCAGCAGCUGGGGCGGCAGGGCUGGUAGCAGGACGAUCAGGCGGACCAGCAGCAGCGGCAGCGGCAUCAUAGGGCCCUGCUGUCCGGGGAACAAGGAGGCCUGCUGUGGCAGCAGCAGCAGCAGCGGCAGCCAGGGGUGUCGCAGGCACGGUUGCGGGGCCGAAGCAGAGCUAGAAGAGGCAGUAGCAGCAGCCGACGGCCGUACAGUCGAGGCGACUGCAAUACCGGAACUGACUUCGGAUAGGGAGGCUUGCCAAGUACCGGUAACAACAAGGGUAACGGCGGAGGCGGUUGCGGUUGCGGUUGCGGCGAGGGCACGAAUGUCGUACGAACCGUACAUCAAGCAUGACCAGGAAGGACGUUACGGCGGGAGUGGAGGAGGAGCCGUUAUCCAUGGAGAGGGAUGCUGUCACACAGUAACCAUCAUGCCUACUCCCGCCGUCGCUGUUGCAGCUACAGGUGAUGCUGCUGCGAUAUCGACGACGUCAGCAGCGAUGUCCGGUAUUAGCAGCGGCGGCAGCGGCAGUAGUGGUGUAUAUAAGCUGCAUGGCGGCAGUGGCGACAGCGCUCCCUCCUUCCCAUUACCGGUAUUACCAUCCUCAUUCUUGCCGUGCUCGUUACUCCCAUCCUCCCCCCCACCCAAAGUCAUUGAGGCAGCGACAACAGCUACAGCAGUGAUAGCGGCGACGGCUGCUGCUGCUGCGUCGGCUGGGUAUGACGCUGCCACCCCAUGCAAAGGCGCAAACGACACCUCCGGAAAAGCGCCUCCGGACGGGGAUGACGUCAAGAGCAAUGGCAGGGAUCUGCAGCGGCAAAAGGGAGGCCCAGAUCCUACAGACAUCGACAAUCCGAUGCCUUCUUCUUCUUCUUCCGCGCCGUCUGCCGCUCCGUCCCCUUGCGCGCGUCCCCGUCCCUGGUACCGCACGCCCCAGGUGCUGCUGACGACGCUGUCGUACGGCGCUGUGGCCUUCGUCUUCUGCUCCCUUGAUGAGGUGUUCCCCAUCUACGCAGCCGCACCCAGAUCAUCAGGUGGUCUGGGCAUGCGGGAGCACCAGAUUGCGCCGCCCCUCAUGUUCUUCGGACUCGUCCUCAUGUCGUACAGCCUGCUCGGCUAUCCCCGCCUGCAGCGCCGGCUGGGCACACUGCGGCUGACGAGGCUGGGGCUGCUGGGUACGGCGGUGAGCUGCAUGGCGCUGCCGCUGGUGGCGAGUGUACGACAUGCGAGCGGUUCGGAUACGACAGCAGUUGCCAUGGUGAUCCUGUACGGCGCCAUGUUCCUCAAGGCCCUCUCCCAGUGCAGCGCUUUCACAGGGGCUAUCAUCGCAGUCAACACAGCGCCGCCCAAGGAGCAGCUGGGGGCAGUGAACGGGGCGGGGCAGACGCUAGCAGCGCUGGUUCGGGGUGUGGGACCCGCGCUCGGGGGGGUGCUGUGGGCUGCUUCGCUGGGCUUGCAUGCGGCGGGGCAGCAGUACCUGACGUUUGGGAUGAUUGCGGUGGUGACGCUUGGGAAUUGGGUGAUGUACGGGUUUGUACGGCUGCCUGGGUUGUUGUAGCGGUUGCUGGUGGCGGUUGCUUGUAUGUUGCGCCUGUCGUGUGGGUGGCUGUGGGUAAGGACAACAGGUGAUGGGUAGUCGGCGUAGCCGAUCCACAUCGGCCCCUCUUCAACUUGGGUGCCUCUUAGGGCUCUGGGACGGAGUUCCGUCCUAUCCAACAAGGCUCGGGUGUAUCAUCCUAGAAAUGGCGAGCGCGGAUAUCUGAGCGAUGGAUAUCCGCGUCUUUGCGAUGCAGGCACAGGAUAGAGGGCACAGGAGGACUUUGUUCAACAUCGCAUGCGAUAUGCUCCAUUGCAAUUGCAACGGUGUCCAUGUUUUCGACCUUGGUAGGCUUAGCAUCGGCUUAAUGACUUGACGGACAGUGUAUACG